AUGAUGGCAUGGGUCCGCCUUAACCAGCGCAUGUUCCCAACAGACCAGGAGGUACUUUUGUUCCUCCUAAUGAACAUGAAGGACACAGCAGGAGCAUGGGCACAUCCCCACCUUGACCAACUAGGGUCCCACAGGGCCAUCAUCCAAACGGUGGAGGAUUUCAGGAGGGAAUUCCUGGCUGCAUUUGGGAACCCGGACGCUACAAGGGCCGCGGAGCGGCAAAUUACCCACCUCACUCAGACAGGCACCUGUGCUGAGUAUAUCACAAAGUUCAGGACCAUUGCCAUGGACCUGGACUGGAACAACGCCGCCCUCCGUGGGCAGUUUGCACGUGGCCUCCACUGGGAGGUCAGCCGCCUCAUUGCCACUCAAGAGCGGCGCCCAACCACCCUCCUGGAGCUGCAGAACGCGGCUCUGGUCAUUGACAACGCCCUCCGCAAGGAGCGUGCCAGCCACCCGCCUAAGGGUAGUAAGUCUGGAACUUCCUCCACCCCCAAUAGGGGGGCAAGUACCGGCCAACAGGCCACAAGACCAGGACACCUCUCUAGCAAUCCUAAUUUUGUCUCCGAGGAGGAGCAGAACCGCCGCCGGGCCAAAGGCCUAUGCAUCAAGUGUGGCAAGACAGGCCACAAGUUUGCGGAAUGCCGCACUGGCUGGAAAGCCACGCCUAAGGAGGAAGGCGUCAAAAAAGAAGCCGCCAAGAUUGGCGAAGAGUCUGGAACCAAAUUGGGAAAAGACUAA